UCCGUGGGGUGUGAGGUGCCUUGCGGGGUUGGUGGGAACCCAGAUCCCAGCCCAAUCCCCCCCCCCCCACCUCCCCGGGACUGUCCCCAUCUCGCACCCACCAACAGGUUAAACUCCCUGGCAGCCCCACGACAACAACGUGACUCUGUUUACAACCCUGGGGGAGUUAUUUAUAGGGCAGCCUGGCUCGGGCUUCCUUUCUUCGUGGGGCGCAGCCUUAUUUAUAACCCCCCACCCAGGCGCAGGAGGCAGCUCGCUGUGCCCCCCCCCCAGCCUCUCCCUGCCCUCCCCGGGGUGCCCAUGGCCCAGGAAACCUUCGCUUUCACCUCUUCUGCCCUGCGCUCGCUGCGGCUCCAGCGGGAGCUGUUGGAGCAGGAGGAUCGCCGCCGAGCCCUGGCUCGGGAAUCGGCCACCAGAAGGUUCCUACCGGCCAGCCCCCGGCCCCCCCUGACCCCCCCCCGGCGGCCCCAGUACUGCCGGGACCCCGCCGUCCACAACGCCCUGUACACCGGCGACCUCCUGCGCGUCAAGAGCAUCUUUAAGGAUGAGGCCACCGCAAAUCUGAUCAUGGAGACGGUCAGCGAGGAGCUGGUGUGGUCCCCCGAGCAGGGGCUGUGGGUGCUGAGCCCCCGGCGGCAGCAGACCUCGGCGCUGCGCAUCGCGGCCGCCCGGGGCUACGGCGACUGCGCCCGGCACCUGCUGCUGCGGGGGGCCGAGGUGGACGCGGUGGUGGGGGGCCAGGCCCCCCUGCACGACAGCGCGGCCGCCCCCCGCCCCGACUGCGCCCGCCUGCUCCUGGCCUUCGGGGCCGACCCCAAUGUGCUGAGCGCCGAGGGCUCGGCCCCGCUGCACCUCUGCACCUCGCCCGACAGCCUGCCGUGUGCGGAGCUGCUGCUGGCGCACGGGGCGCGGGUGAAUUUGGGGACGCGGGACCGCCAGGCGACGGCCCUGCACGUGGCGUCGCGGCGGGGGCUGGUGGCCCACGUGGAGCUGUACCUGCGCCACGGCGCCGACCCCUCGCGCCGCACCCGCCAGGGCGAGACCCCCCUGAACGCCGCCUGCGCCGCCGCCGAGCGCCCCGAGGACGCCGGCCGCUAUCACCGGGUGGCCGAACGGCUGCUGGAAGCCGGCGCCGACCCCGGGGCCGCCGGUCGGAAGGACCACACGCCGCUGCACCACGCUUGCGGCAACGGGCAGCCCCGGCUGGUGCGGCUGCUGCUGCGCCACGGGGCCGAGGUGACCGUCCCCAACUGCGCCGGGUACACCCCCAUGGACUGCGCCCUCCACGCCGUCGAGGAAUACCGGCACCAGCGCCCCGAGGAAACCAUCGCCCUCCUCCUCGACCACGGCGCCGGCCCCGUUCACCCCAAGGUGGGCGAUUUGGGGCUUGGCUGGGGGGUUCAGGGGUGCGUGUGCGUGGGGGGUGUCCCCCGUGGUGACAUCUCUGGUGGCAGAUGCUCAAGUUCUGCUGCCGGCACCCGCCGGCGCUGGAAAUGGUGCUCAACGCCUACGACCGCAUCCCCCCGGCCGAGAGCUGGGUGGGGGCCGUGCCCCCGGAGCUGUGGGAGGAGCACCGGGAUUUCUACGCCUCGGCGGCGCGCAUGGCGGGACGACCUCGCCGCCUGCAGCACCUCGCCCGCUGCGCCGUCCGGCGGCACCUGGGGCCCCGCUGCCACGCCGCUGUCCCCAAGCUGCCCCUGCCACCCGCCCUGCGCCGCUACCUCCAGCUGCCCCUCGAGGGGCUCAUCUCCUGAACGGGGGCCCCCCCCCGCCCCACACACACACACACCCCCAAACCGCGUGGGAGGGAGGCGAGGAGGGGGCCAGCAGCGCUGUGUCUGUCUCCCAUGUGUGUGUGUGUCCCCCCCUCCCUCCCCAAGUGUCCUGGUGUGAAUAAAAGAGGUGGCAGAGGCGGCUCUCGAGGUGUCUGCGGGGACGGAGGGGACAGACAGACCCGGGGAGGGGACAGACA